AUGGCGAAGGACACACUCCGACAGGGCGCAUUUCUUGUGGACGACCAGGAUGCUCGGGAACCGGAUCCGCAGGAUCAGGAAGGUUUUGUUGGAUCACGGAGAGGGCGGUGCAAAUGGUUCAACGUCGUGAAAGGAUGGGGUUUCAUCACACCGGACGAUGGAGGUCAGGAGGUGUUCGUGCAUCAGAGUGUCAUUCAGAUGGGUGGAUUUCGGUCGUUGGGUGAAAACGAAGAGGUCGAAUUCGAGUCCAAGCUGACCGGUAAAGGAUACGAGGCAACCAGCGUCAGCGGGCCGUCACACGCCGAGUGCAAAGGAAGUGACUUCCGGCCGUACAGCAAGAAGCGAAGGUUCCGCAAAGUUAGGUGUUAUAAUUGUGGAGAAUUUGCGAACCACAUUGCUUCCAAGUGUGCGUUGGGGCCACUGCCAAAGCGUUGCCAUCACUGCAGGAGCGAGGAUCAUCUAAUAGCGGACUGUCCGACGAAGCCGCCCGAGAAGUGA